GCCGGCAGAACGCAAGGAUUUGUGGUUGUAAUGCCCCUCCUUCACUCAUCCAGUCUCCUUCCCAGCACGAAGAUAUACGGGAAUAUUCCAUGAUAGCAGCGAGGCCUCGUGUUGAAAGCGCCCUCCUGCCGCCACGCUAACUCUUAGUCAACCCCGGAAAAGGGCAGGCACGACUGGACCCCCGGAAAGUCGGCCGCGGGCCUGCUUCGUCACCGUCGACAUUCGCCCAUCACCACCACCACUUUCCCCUACCCAUCCUCCCUCCUCUUCACCUCCCCAUCCCACCCCUCAAUUGGCGUCUCGACACCCUUCCUGGCCGCUCCAAGGCCUCUAUCCUCCCCUUCUCCAGCGCUGCCUUGUGGAUGGCAAGCAGCAGACUGUCUAUUCCCUGAGCACCCUAAUCUUGGUCCCACUCCACCCCGACUCGACUCCUCUUCGCCUCCCACCCCUCUUCAUCGCCCAACAUAAUUCAUAAUGGCUCCCACCACCCGGCCAGACUACAAAAUCAACCUCGACGGACUUGGCACGCUCAACAUCGGCAAGACCACCUCCGCCAACACUUCCGGGGCCAACAGCCCCAUUGACGCGCCUGCCGGUUCGGGCCUCAAGUAUGCAUUUGGCGGGAGCUUCGGUAGCCACAACGGUGCUCAGGCUGGCCCUGCACGAGCCGGCACGGGCUCACCAUCAAAAGAGUACGGGAGUCGAUUAUUCCCCAAACGAGCACGAGAAAUCCAAGCACAAGAAGGCCUUUCUCCUCAAGUCUGGGGCCCGCCUCCCACCGGCAGUGGCCACUCGACCCCACUGCGUGAGACCAUCCCCGAGUCGCCGGGAAGCGAUAGUUUCCCGGACUUCGAUGCCACCGAUGCCACCGCUGGCUCCGGCUCGAAUCUGCUCGCAUCCAACUCGACUCGUCGCGCUCGUGCCGGCACCGUCCCCUCCCGAUUCCCACUGACCGGCUCGCUGAACGGCUCUACAUCCUCCCUCUUGUCCACAUCCAACCGUGUCACCCCCACCUCGAGUCCUUUUCAGUCGAAUGCCCUCUUACACGACCAACAAGCUACCGCCGGUGCAUCGGCUUUCAGUCAAGCUGCUUUACUUUCUCGCUUAAGAGCAGGAUCAAUGCCACAGAGGAACGGCUUGCUGGGCGGCGGCAUCAGCCCCUUUGGGUCCUCGGUGUUUUCGAGCAACUGGUUGGCAGGGAGGGAACGUGGGAGUACCUUACAGAGCAUUCGCUCGUCGGAUGGCCCCUCAUCUCCGAGGUUAGACAGUUCGCCCGCGGAAAACGCUGUGAAGACGUUGGAUUACCUGGGCCUUGUGGACACACCCCAAUCCAACCUGGAGAUGCUGCUCAACCAACAGCAAAGCGGGCCCACCAUUGCGGACCUCGCCGCUCUCAACGCCUACAAUCGAAAUACAGCAAAUCGCUUCCGUUCUUACUCUGUCAAUGCAAAGGAGAAGUACGCGGAUGGUGACGAUGACGAUCUCGACCAGUACGACACCCCAUCCCAGUUAUACUCCGGACAACUCACUCCAUCCGCCGAGAGUGCGGCUGCACAGGCAGCGGCCAUCCAUGAAGCGGUCCGACAGCACAACCUGGAAGUGCAGGCUUUUGCCAACUUCGCCAGUGCAAAUCGACCACGAGCACGCACGGCCGGCGUUCUUGAUUCUCCUUCCUCCCGCGUCCUUCGAAACUAUCUUCCUACUCCCUCCCGCCUGGAAAACAGCAUCACGGCCGCGGACCUGCAAAGCAAUGACGGAUCGGAUAUGGCUGGUUUGACAAAUGCCAUGUCGGCAAUGCAGAUGAACCCCAAUGCUGCCUUUGACGCCGGCCUCGACUCGGGCCUGGAAGCUCCCACUCGGUCCCUGUGGCUGGGUAACGUCCCCUCAUCGGCCACCGUUUCCUCUUUGAACAUGGUGUUUGGCCAGUUCGGCCCCAUCGAGUUCGCCAGGAUUCUUACCCACAAGAGCUGUGGAUUCGUCAACUUUGAGAACGUGCAUAGUGCGAUCGCUGCCAAGGCGCAAUUGAAUGGAAAAGAGCUCUUUCCCGGCUGUGGUGCGGUGCGUAUUGGCUAUGCCAAAGAGCAGAGUGCAUCGAACACGCCAGGAGCGACCGGCGGCUAUACAUCGCCCAGUCCAGAUCCCUUCGUCUCCAAGGCGCGGAACGAGGGCAUUCUGACUGGAGGAGCGGCACAGUCUGCAGGUAACAUCAAUGCCGAGACUGAGGCGGCGGCGCUGACCAGCCCGAAUCUUUUGGAGCUGAAGGAGGAGCUGUUGAGCAUCGUCCAGCAGUUUGGUGCCACAGGUGAAGAUCAGCAACGGAUUAGCAGCAAUCUCGAGACCGCUAUGAGCUUCCAUGGCUACGCACUGGAGGUCCCGCCCAUUCCCGAGCCGAGUCACAAUCGUGUCCACGACGCACCCCGACUCCGAGAAAUCCGAAAGCGCAUCGACAACAACUCUUGCAGUCCAAUGGAAAUUGAGAACAUCGCCAUGGAGAUGAUUCCCGAGAUCGCCGAGCUGGCUUCGGAUUAUCUGGGCAACACUGUCGUCCAGAAGCUUUUUGAGCAUUGCUCCGAAGAAACCAAAGAGGCGAUGCUCAUGGAGAUUGGGCCUCAUCUGGCAGAGAUUGGCGUGCACAAGAACGGCACUUGGGCGGCGCAGAAGAUUAUCGAUGUCGCGCACACCCAAACACAGAUGCAGACCAUUGUGGACGCCCUGCGACCGCACGCUGUCAACCUGUUCUUGGAUCAGUAUGGCAACUAUGUCAUGCAGUGCUGCUUGCGUUUCCAAUCGCCGCUGAACAACUUCAUCUUCGAGACGAUGAUCAACAGGCUGUGGGAUGUUGCGCAGGGCCGGUUCGGUGCACGUGCCAUGCGUGCCUGUCUUGAGAGCCACUUUGCCACGAAUGACCAGAAGAGACUGAUGGCAGCCGUGAUCGCUCUUCACAGCGUACAGCUCGCUACAAACUCCAACGGCGCCCUGCUUCUCACCUGGUUCUUGGACACUUGCACAUUCCCCCGAAGACGAUCCGUCCUCGCUCCUCGACUCAUCCCGCACCUCGUCCACCUCUGCACGCACAAGGUUGCGUAUCUGACGGUGCUCAAGAUCAUUAACCAACGGAACGAGCCGGAGGCGCGCGACACCAUUUUGAAGGCGCUUUUCUUUGACGAGCAGACGUUGAACGACAUUAUCAAUGACCAGGCAUGCGGUGCUACUUUGAUCUUCAAGGUGCUCACGACUCCAUUCUUGGAUGACAGCCUUCGUCCUGAGUGCGUAGAGGCCGUGCGCAGCGCCUUGCUGCGGAUGAAGGCGCAGCCAGGGCAGGGCUACAAACGACUGAUGGACGAAGUUGGACUUUCCACUCGUCACGGCGGCGGCGGGACCCCCGUCAACGACGGCCGAUCGAAUUCGAAGACGAGACAAGCCAACGGCCAUCUCGCACAUCUGGACGGCGGCGUGCCCAACGGCUUCGCGCGGCCGCCCUACAGCGGUCUCACCCCUCAACAGCAACCCGCGGGCGGUUUCCAGCGCAACCCAAGCGUGGACUCCUCCAACACUUACGACCCUUUCACGAAUGGCUUGGUAACGCCGCAGUACACCCACAGCCCCGCGCUGUCCAACGCAGGCAUCAGCCCGCAGCAAGUGCAAUACCAACAAGCCCUCCUCGCCGCGCAAGCCCAAGCACAAUCGCAAAUGCAACAACAGCGCGCCCCACCCUUCUACGGAAGCCCCAUGGCGCCGCCACCGCAGGCAAACGUGAACGGUAUGCCGUACGGCGCCGCAUCCCCCGGCGGCCCACCUGCGCCCCACGGAGGUCAGAUGCUCGAUCCUUACCGCCAGUCUAUGGGCGGCAUUGCGCCCGGCAUGGGGAUGGGGAUGAACAUGUCGCCUGCCGCUGCUGCUGCGUAUCAGCAGGGGGCUUUUGUGGGCAAUCAUGGAGGUAUGAUGGGUGGUGGUGUGGGUGGGUAUCCCGCGCCGCCGCAGUUUCCCAUGGGCUAUUAUCAGCAGGGGCAGAUGGCAGGGCAGGGGAGGAGAGGCAGGGUGAGUUUGAUGUUCUCAUGAGUUGCUGUGGUGAUUGGCGCUGACUUGCCUUGUUUCUCCCGCAGCGAUGAAGCAUGGAUCCGACCUUUUUGAGAAAAGUUUUGAUGUUCCGUUUCACGACAUUUGUAUUUGGCGACAUCUUCAGACAUUCAAUUCUCGCAUUGUGUGAUGGGAAAGGGAAAAGGCGUACGCUGCGCUGCGCUGCGCUGUGCUGCGCGAGCAAGAGGACGAGAAGCUGGACAUGUCCGGUCUCGACUCAUCAGAGAUGUGCAUUUGGGCGAUUGGGAUUUCUGUGUAUUGUUUUUUGUGCCUAUGCUCGAUGGGUUGAUGGGAAAAGAAGCAAAAAUGGUGCCGGAAGUGCCUGCCUGGCUGGGCUUCAUGAUGAGAAUGGACUCUGCUUCGAUGAUGUGUAUAGUAACCUUAUGG